AUGGGGAGCGCGUUGGAGACGCUGUGCGGGCAGGCGUACGGCGCAAACAAGUUGGACAUGCUGGGCAUCUACAUGCAACGCUCCACCGUGCUGCUCAUGGCCACCGGCGUCCCUAUCACCGUCCUCUACGUGUUCUCCCGCCCCAUCCUCAUCCUCCUCGGCGAGUCCCCUGAGAUCGCACGCGCCGCGGCCAUCUACGUGCACGGCCUCAUCUCGCAAAUCUUCGCCUACGCCGCCAACUUCCCGAUCCAGAAAUUCUUGCAGGCGCAGAGCAUUAUAGCGCCGAGCGCCUACAUCUCGGCAGCCACGCUCGUCGUCCACCUCGUCCUCAGCUACCUCGUCGUCUACCAGUUUGGGCUGGGGCUUCUGGGCGCCUCGUUCAUGCUCAGCACCAGCUGGUGGAUCAUCGUCAUCGGGCAGUUCGUCUACAUCAUCACAAGCAGCCGAUGCCGCCUCACGUGGACUGGAUUCUCCCUGCAGGCAUUCUCCGAUCUGCCUGAAUUUUUGAAGCUGUCCCUUGCCUCUGCUGUCAUGCUUUGCCUGGAGACUUGGUACUUCCAGAUACUGGUGCUCAUUGCUGGCCUCCUCAAGGACCCCGAAAUGGUUCUCGCAUCGCUCGCUGUUUGCAUGACCAUUUCUGAAUGGGUGCUCAUGAUUCCAUUUGGAUUCUACGCAGCAACCAGUGUGAGGGUGAGCAAUGAGCUUGGUGCGGGCAACCCCAAGUCAGCGGCAUUCUCAGUUGUGGUGGUGACAAUGUUGUCGUUCGUCCUAUCAGUUAUAAUCUCGGUAGUCAUCCUGCUCUGUAGUGAUUACAUCAGCUACAUUUACACCGACGGCGAAAAUGUGGCAGUAGCCGUGUCCAAGAUGACCCCACUCCUGGCACUCACCAUAAUCCUCAAUGGCAUCCAACCAGUACUAUCAGGGGUAGCCGUGGGCUGUGGUUGGCAAGCGUUUGUCGCCUAUGUCAACAUCGGCUGCUACUAUGCCGUGGGCAUCCCCCUUGGCUUCCUCCUUGGCUUCUACUUCGACCUCGGUGCAGUGGGCAUAUGGAGUGGUAUGAUUGGAGGUACAUUGAUGCCGACUGUGAUCCUAGUGUGGGUUACCUUGAGGACAGACUGGAACAAAGAGGUGGCUGAUGCUAUGAAAAGAUUGCAGAGGUGGGAAGGCAAUACACCUCUAUUGGCAGGACAAGAAUGACAAACAUCCUAUGGUUGACUUGUCUACAUAAUCAACAGAGACGGGGUUCGUUAGCAAGUCGAUCUCCCUGAAAUGUGUAAAAUACGUUGUCAGAGGGAUGACCGCGAGACAGAGAGGAAACCAUAAGACAAAUUGCUGACACCCUAUCGGAGGGGGACUCAUUGUAUUUGUCAUCAAGAUCACCACCAAGCUCCUUCUCGGCGAGGUCCAGUAGUUCACCCCUUGGCUAUGUGUUUACAGUAGUAUCUAUGUUGUCACAUAUUUCAUAUGUGCUUGAAUGUCAAGAUAGGUGUUGAA